GAGGGAUAUGAUUCGUCCCAUCCCCAUAGCUCUACUGUGGAGGAGUUCUGCGUCAUCACCAAUCCACCAAUCGGCGCUCACGUCGAGAGUGACGCGGAAUGGAAACGUUCCAGCGCACCUGCCGGCGGCGCAGAGGACAGAUGCUAAUGAAGUGAAACCAGCAGUUCCACCAUCAGGUAACAGACUGGAGGAUAUGUCACUAUUCCAGCUGUAGCAUCCGGACAGAGUCAGGAUGCAGAUCCUGGUUGUCAAGCUGCUUGGUCUGCUGGGACUGUUUGGUCUCAUGCUGGCUGGCAUACUUGUCCCAGUGCGCCUCCUGCUGGUCGACUAUGAAAAAGCCAACAGGUACAGACGAGGGCUGGCUCUGUGCAACUCGUUUGGAGGAGGUGUGUUCCUUGCAACAUGCUUUAACGCCCUGCUGCCAGCUGUCAGAGACAAGGUGGACGGCGUCUUUCAGCAGCUGCAGAUCAUCAGUGAUUAUCCGCUGGCUGAAACCAUGAUGAUGGUGGGGUUCUUCAUCACGGUGUUCGUGGAGCAGGCCAUUCUGACCUUCAGGAAGGAGAAACCGUCCUUCAUCGACUUGGAGACCUUCAACGCAGUUGGCUCCGAGGCUGGCAGUGACUCCGAGUACGACGCGCCCUUCAUCCCUUCGGCGCGGGGCUCGGCAGGCAGAGACGGACGUAGGGACAGGGGACACCACCAUGCACACUUCGCACCUGGCGAGCUGGCGGGGGCAGGGCCUCUGAGGCUGGCCGGUCUGGUUCUGGCCCUGUCCGCACACUCCGUGUUCGAGGGGCUGGCUCUCGGACUGCAGGAGGAUGCCGCUAAGCUGGGCAGCCUGUUCUUGGGUGUGGCCAUCCAUGAGACGCUGGCUGCCGUCGCCCUGGGUGUCAGCGUGGCCAAGGCAUCGCUCAGCAUGAAGGACGCCGCCAAGCUGGCCGUCACAGUCAGCCUGAUGAUCCCGCUUGGGAUCGUGGUGGGGAUGGGCAUCGAGUCGGCCCAGACGCUGGCGGGUAGCCUGGCAUCGGUGCUGCUGCAGGGAAUCGCUGCUGGAACCUUCCUGUUUGUCACCUUCUUCGAGAUCCUGUCUCCAGAGCUGGAGGACAAAAGGGACCGGCUCCUCAAAGUCCUCUUCCUCAUCCUGGGCUACGCAGCGCUGGCUGUCCUCGUCUUUAUCAAGUGGUGACAGACAGAAAAUGGGCGAAGUCUCUCCUCUGUUGUUGAUCACUUUAAUGCCACGUCACUCCCUGUUUUUGCUCCGCCCCCUUUGGGUUGAAAGCAGGUACUACAAUCUAAAAAGGAAGUGUAUAAAUCUUUUGAUGUUUGGAGCUUUAAUCGAGUCAUAUCGUUCUAAUUUACCAAUAACAUCCUCUAAAGUCCUCUUUAUGUUCACGUUUGAUCCUUUUUUUGGGAAAAAAAUUUUUAUUUAGACCCUUUUAUCUUGAGAGGGUACCUACAAGAAUUUGCUGAUGAAUGUGCUUGUUCAUGUUAAUGUUGCAGUUAGCCAUGGUUUGUUUACCAUCUUCUGCUCUCUGACACAACAGGUAAAAAGAUACAUUUAUUGUUUGGAUGCAGGGAAGUCCCUGAUUGGUGAAAUAGAGACUGGAGAGGGGAUAACAAGGCGAGCUAAUGUUAGCAUGGUGAUAGCCAGGUGAGCUAAUGUUAGAAUGGUAAUUAGCAAACAGAGCUCAUUGUAGCAUGGUGAUAGCUAGGCGAGCUAAUGUUAGCAUGUUGAUAUUAAGAUGAGCUAAUGUUAGCAUAAUGAUAGCAAGCUGAGCUAAUGGUAGCGUGGUGAUAGCAAGGUGAGCUAAUUUUAGCACGUUGAUAGCAAGGUGAGCUAAUGUUAGCCUGUUGAUAAGCAAGGCAGGCUAAUUUUAACAUGGUGAUAGCAAGGCUGGCUAAUGUUAGCGUGUUGAUACCAAGGUGAGCUAAUGUUGGCACGAUGAUAGCAAGCUGAGCUAAUGGUAGCGUGGUGAUAGCAAGGUGGGCUAGUGUUACCAUGUUGAUAGCAAGGUGAGCUAAUGUUAGCAUAGUGAUAGCAAGGAGGGCUAAUGUUAGCAUGGUGAUAUGAAGGCGAGCUAAUAUUGGCGUGGUGAUAGCAAGGUGGAAUAAUGUUAGCUUGUUGAUAGCAGGACAGGCUAAUAAUAGCAUGGUAAUAGACAACAACACAUAAAUUCAACAGCAAAACAUUUGAUAACUCCUGACAAUAAUAAGCGAAUAGAUGGUUCUGUUUGUUAUCAAUGUUAAGAUACUAGAGCAGAGAAGAUAAACAAAACAUCUAAUAGUAGAUUCUGGUCCCUGAAACUUGAAGUAAAGGAUCCAAAGUGUGUCUUUAGCUGGUCACUUUGAAUUCGAUCGACACAACAAACGAAACACAUCUAUAAAUGUACAUAUCUCUGUGAGACCUGGUAUUUCCAGGGACCCGUACCAUGAGUCAUGCCCAACCUAGUGGGAUUACUUCCAGCCUAUCCUAUUUAACCAAUCCACAAUAAUUGCAAUCAGGAUCAGCAGUACCACGAAGCUGGUUAUCAAAUCGCUAACUCAGUUACAGAUUGAACUGAUCAUGAGCAAGUAUAAAGCAGGGGGUUCAAGAUAGCAGAUCAAGCACAAUCAUGAGCACAGAAGAGACAAAGCAGUACGUCUCCUGCGAGAAACAAAAACACAUCUUACAGAUAUAAGAAAAAAAGAAACAAGCCUCAAUGAAAAGUCAAACUGGGUUUUGACAUGAAAGACGGCAAAUAUCAAGGUAAAGGAUUGCUGACUGCAUAGAUGAGCAAGAUACACAUCAGUGUAAUUUACCACAGCCUGCAUCCCAAUCAUUGUACUCCAUGUUAAUCGCAUUCCCCCCUGGAGUAAAUAGAACUUGGGAACAAAUAAAAAUAAAACAGAAAAACAUAAUCUCAUCUGGUUAGUUGGAUUUUUUAAUUAAUAAAGUUUGACUAAAAUAAACCUGGAAGCUAAUGCCACGACUACGUCAUAUAAAUUUUUUACCUGUUGGUUAACCAUUAAUCCCCCAUCAGAACAGCCUCACUGUAACAUCUACCC